GCAAAAAUAUAGCACAAUGCAAAUCGUCUUUGUGUUUGGGCCGGUCCUAACAACCAUUUGAUCCAGCCAUUGUACUUCUUUUCGGGCCGACCAUUUCAAUUCGCUGGGCCGAGGCGCAGUGCACUCACGAAACACUGAAUGGGUUUGCAUAAAUCUGGUAUUACCCAUGACACGUUUAUUAUAGCCAUCUCCUUAAUCAUGAGAUUAGAAAUGGCAAUGGGCAGGUCCGGGACGGGUAUCUCGAUACCCAUACCCGCCCCAUGGCAGGUCAGGUCCAGGUCGGGUAAUUUAUCACGGGACGCGGGUCGGGGCAGGUCGACCCAUUGGGUAUGUAAUUUAUGUGAAAAACAUUAGAAAUAUUCGUUCUUUUCAUUGAAAGACCAAGAAAGAAACCAUAAUAUGAUAAAAUGUAGUUAAAAUAUUGAAGAAAUUGAGGUUUUCACUUAUUUACAACUUUAUUAUAGCUAAAAUAUAAUGUAAUAAGAAGAAAAUCUUAAGUAAUUUAACUAAUAUUAUAUGUAAUUUAGGCAAGAACGGGUCGAGAAUUUGCGGGUCAGGGCAGGUCGGGUCGAUGAGAGGUACCCAUGCCCGCCCCGCCCCAAAACAGGUCAAACAGGUCGGGUAAAUCGGGUCAGGUCGAAAUUGCCAUCCCUACAUGAGAUUAGGGAUUAGUCCCUCUCCAUAGAAUAAAUUAAUAGAGAUCAUUUUAUAAUAAGACGUUAUGAUCAUUGUUGUUGAUAGUAAACCUUCCAAUUAAUAUAGAAACAAAGCAAUGUGAUUGUUAGAACGGACGAGGAUAAUCGACAAUGCAAGAAAGCAAACAACACGUAGAUUCAGGUGGUUCGCCAAAACAAUGUGUGUUAGCUAGCUAGUCCACGGACAGGAGAGAGAGCAAGUUUCACUAUAGUUGAGCAGAUACAUCAUAUUACAAUAUUAUUAAGUCGACGGCAGAAAAUCUGAUUCAAAUCAUAUCAACUGUGAUAUUUAUUAUUUCAUAUGCAUAUUAACUUCAGUUUUUUUAUGAUCCGUUCACAUCAGCAAACCACUAAACUUUGAUUGGAGGAAAUUAUCUUAAGCAUUCUCAUAAAAACACUAUAGAUCAUCAUCAUGAUCUUUUCUGGUGUAAAAGUAAGCAUACCAUUACUCUCCUUACAAGUAUGUCACACAAACCGUUUUUCACAUUGGGAAUAUUUCAUUUGCUUUAGGAAAAGAAUAACUCCAACAACAAGCUACACAAUCGUUCAUCGGCUAGCUGGCUGUAGCUUUAUUGUCGACAUUCCAUUGAAUUCCUUGCUUCCAUAUCCAUCAAACAACAGCAGUAACUUUUCCUACUACCAAACUCAGUACUUAACCUACAAUAUCAUAACAACAGCUUCGUAACUACAAGAUUCAACACGAUCUUAAAUCUCAAAGCUUUCUUUUUACUUUGCAGCAUGACUUACUAUUUAGCCAGGACAUCUAGCUUUCAGUAUUAAAAUAAACAAGCCCCCUUAGGAAAUAAAGCACAAGAGCAAUUUUUUUUCUCUUUAAGAAGGGAAAGAAAACCAAACCAGAGGAGAGGAAACCUCUGCCGGCCGGCGUUUUUGCUGGUGAUGAGAAAGCAGACGACAAACGCCAAAGCCUGGCUCUCCGGUUCAAACCCCAGCACCUCAACCACCAACAUUGCAGCCGCCGGCCAAGAUGAGGACUACAUCCGGAACCUCCCGCUCUACCGCGCCCUCGACAGCGGCGACUGGGAAACAACAAAGCGCCUCCUCAACCGCCACCCUGACGGGCCCGUCCCCGCCGCCACCGCCAGCCUGUCCCCCGACGGGGACACGGCCCUCCACGUGGCGGUGCUGGCGGGGCACGAGGGGAUCGUGGAGAGGCUGGCGACGGAGGUGCUGCCGAAAGGAGCGCUCAUGAUGAAGAACAAGAGCAGCGCCACCGCGCUCAACUACGCGGCCAUCGGCGGCGUCACGGGGAUCGCCGAUUGCCUCGUGAGGAAAGCCCCCGAGCUCCUCCGUGUCCCCAACCAGAACGGCCACAUCCCCGUCGUCGUGGCGUCGUUGUACGGCCACAGGGAGAUGGUGCGGUAUCUCUACCACGCGAGCCCGAAGGACGAUUUGGUCGGCCAUGGCGGGAGCAAGAUCAAUGGUGCCAUGCUUCUUACGACUUGUAUCGUCGAUGGACUCUACGAUAUUGCACUGGACUUGCUUCACUGCUACCCGCAACUGGCGUUCACUCAAGACAGUGACAAGGACACAGCGCUGGAGGUGCUGGCUCAGACGCCGUCGGCGUUCCCCAGCGGAGCUCCGCUUGCUUGGUGGCAGUGGUGGAUCUAUUCCUUUAUACGGGUGCCUCACAUUGCGUCGCACAACAUUGUCUCUGAUGAUGGAGAUGUGGCCGAUAAGAGACCAGAAACGGGCAGGAAGAGAACCAUGUUGAGACAAGCACUUCGUCAAUUAUUGGUCGUCUUCUCCAAGAGCCUCAAGUAUCUAGUUCCAGGAUUCAAACGUCUCUACGACCUGAAACUGACCCACGUCCAGGCCAUCAAGCUCCUCCGGUGCUUGUGCCAGCAGAUCUCGACCCUGUCCGAGUCAGAAUUUGAGAAAACGGGGAUUCAAAAGGCUCUGUUCGACGCCAUCGAACAUGGCAUCGUCGAGCUCAUAGUGGAACUGAUCAAGCAGUACCCAGAUAUCGUGUGGCGAGAGGAUGAGAGCCAGAGGGGGAUCUUCCUGUGCGCGACGCUCCACCGUCAGGAGAAGAUCUUCAACCUCAUCUACCGGAUGGGCGCCAAGAAGAACGCCAUGGCCACGCCCUGGGACGUCAACCACAACAACAUCCUGCACCAGGCGGCGUUCCUGGCCCCGCUCUCCCAGCUCGACCGCGUCACCGGGGCCGCUCUCCAGAUGCAGAGGGAGCUACAAUGGUACAAAGAAGUGGAGAGCAUUGUUCAGCCGAAGCAGAGGGAGAUGAGGAACCUGUCGCACGACACGCCGAGGACUCUGUUCACGAAGGAGCACAGAGGGUUGGUGGAAGAAGGCGAGAAGUGGAUGAAGGAAACGGCGACGUCUUGCACGGUGGUGGCGGCGCUGAUCGCCACCAUCAUGUUCUCUGCUCUGUUCACACUCCCCGGCGGGUUCGACCAGUACACGGGGCUGCCCAUCUUCCUCCACCGCAGCUCCUUCAUCGCGUACAUCGUCUCCGACGCCGUCUCGCUCUUCUCGUCGACGUCAUCGAUGCUCAUGUUCCUCGGGAUGCUGACGUCGCGGUACCGGGAGGAGGAUUUCCUCCGGUCGCUGCCGAUGAAGCUGAUCAUCGGGCUGUCGACUCUGUUCUUCUCGAUGGCGACGAUGAUGAUGACGUUUGGGGUGGCGCUGAUGAUAUUUUUGAAGGAGAGGUUCGAUUGGGUUUCUUUUCCGAUCAUGUUGCUGGCCAGCGUUCCGGUGACUCUGUUUGCGCUGCUGCAGUUCCCUCUGCUCGUCGACAUCUUCUUGUCGACGUAUGGGCCGGGGAUCUUUGACAAGCCGAACAAGCGAGGCCGGUUUCUUUGAGCUUCAUUUUUUCACAUCAUAUUGGCAUAUGUAAUUGCUACCUUAAUUACCUUGAAGAACUAAUUAGGAUGUAGCUAAGAAUAAAUAGCUAGUUAUAAUCUUGUUUAAACAUGUAACUUGGUUACCUCUGCACAAUUGUCAAACGUACAUCCAUCGUACGCAGAACGUACGGUCUAACGAUUAUGAAUCAUGCUAGAACAUACCUUUAGUUUCGAUAGAUGUAUGACUGUAGUCAGAUUGAAAGGAAAAGAGGCUACAUAAGCGCUAACUUACUCGCCCAAAUGAACGGGGCAAGUUCGUCAUUUUCAAAAUAUUAAUUGUUGACUACGGCAACUGAGCUUUCUGAUUAAUGACAAGGUUGUCAAGUUGUACUUAAGUCGGCCAGUUGUACCAGGUCGGUUCGGAGUCAUUGUCGAAAACAAUCCCCAAAAAGGCCAAUUUGCCUCCAAACCGAUAACAGGUUAAAACUGUUGAUCUAAUCGCGUCUUGAUUGGUUUCCGACUCUUGCACAAAAUGUUGUCAUUUUGGCUUUCUCCCAAAUGCCACUAUGGAAAACGAAGCAUAUAAACGCAUCUUUUAGGGUCAUGUAAUAUAUUAAUUGUUAAAUUAUUGUAUGGUACUUGUCAAAUUAUAUUCAAAUUAUUUAAAACUUAGAUUAUCUCCAUAUACACACACAUAUAUUUUAAUGAAUAUCGAUAAAAUGACUUAAAUUGGUCCCAUCAGGUCCAAACAUUGAAUCUCAAACCAUUUGCUAGCCUCCAGUCCGGUGGUCGAAAAGCGGUAUUUGCAAGACUCUCACCAUGAAUCCUCGCAAUUGACCAAUUCAACGGUUCAAACCAGUUUGACAAACUUGAUUAACGGUCCAUUCACGAUGGAGAACUUAACAGAAGGGUGUGUUUGUCCAUACUGAGACGGUAGGAGGAGUCAUUCAGAUAAAAUUUAAAGUUUAGG